UAAAGUGCCAAAGAUGGCGGCGCAGGGACCGAUGGCGAUAGCUAUGCGGCUGAGAAACCAGCUGCAGUCCGUAUAUAAGCUCGACCCGUUAAGAAACGAGGAGGAAGUCAAAUUGAAAAUCAAAGACCUGAAUGAGCACAUUGUGUGCUAUCUGUGUGCAGGGUACUUCGUCGAUGCCACAACAAUUACAGAGUGCUUGCAUACAUUCUGCAAGAGCUGUAUUGUGAAGUACCUCCAGACCAGCAAAUAUUGUCCGAUGUGCAACAUCAAAAUCCAUGAAACGCAACCCCUCUUGAAUUUGAAGUUGGACAGAGUGAUGCAGGACAUUGUCUAUAAAUUGGUCCCAGGAUUGCAAGAGAGCGAGGACAAGAGAAUUAAAGAAUUCUACCAGUCACGUGGCCUAGAGAGAAUUAUCCAGCCCUCUGGAGAUGAUGCAGUACCAGAUGCAGCCGGGCUGCCUUACACCAGCUUUGACCACUCAAAAGCCCACUUCUACAGAUACGACGAGCAGGUCUCGCUCUGUCUGGAGAGACAAAGCUCUUCCUCUUCCUCUGGGAAAGAUAAGAGCAAGCUGACGCUGCAGCAGAAGUUCGUGCGGUGCUCGGCGAGGGCAGAAGUGCGGCACCUGAGGCGAGUCCUUUGUCACAGGCUGAGUGUGGAGAAGAGCCAGGUCCAGAUGCUGUUCAAUAAUGAAUCCCUACCCGAUCACAUGACCAUGAAACAACUGUGGCUCUCCCACUGGUUUGGCAAGGCCCAGCCUUUGGUUCUUCACUACACAAUCAAGGACAAGAGAACAAGAUAGGACCCGUCCCUGCCUUUUUUUUAACAAAGAGGGUGUCAUCCGAUGUACAUAUUUUGUAUUUUAUAUAUUCUAU